AUGAAGCAGUUACCAUUGGAUGAACCAGUUCUUUCACCAUUAGAUGAUUUAGUUGAUUUAUUACUGGAAUCUCCAACCGAUGAACUAGUGGAUGAUGAAACUAGAAGUGAGGUUGAAGACCAAGAAGAUAAGGACAAAGAAGAUGAUGACAAUGCUUGGUUAUAUGAGAAAGUUGAGGUCGAAGGCAUUGUUAAUGUUGGAAAUGCUACUGGGAGUUCUGUUAGGAAUGCAAAAUCAACUGAUGUUUGGCAGAAUGUUGAUAAUGCUAGGCAGAAUGCUGGUAAUGGUUUUGGUAGUUUUGUUGGGAGUGCAGAAGGUAAUGCUAGUAGGAAAAAUGUUGGGAAUGGUGAUGGUAGUUUUGCUAGAAGUACAGAAGGUAAUGAUACUAGAAAAAAUGUUGGGAAUGGUGUUGGUGGUUCUUUUGGGAAUGCCAAAAAUGGUCAUGCAGUUGGGAAUUGUAAUGAAGGAAGUGUUGGUAGAGAUGAAAUUGUAAACAAUCAAGCCCCUGCCUUUGUCUCUAAGAAUGGUAAUAGUAUGGGAGAGGUUAAUUGA